GACUGUUUCCACGCCUACCGACUUCAUUGUGUACACGGAAUCUUUCCCCACAGGACAAAGAGGACCUCUUAUCCUCGAUGGCUACAAAAACGUUGCUAACCUUUAUCUGGCUCCUGACGUCACUUCCUCCCUUCUUCACCAUGACCCUGGACACAAACGCCACAGCUGAUAACCUCUCACCGACAUCGUUAGCAUCAGGUGCCGGAGGUCUGGAGAUGAGGAAGUUACGUCACAUCGAGGCUGAACUUGAGGUGUUGAGGAGAACAGUGACGGAAAUAAAAGCUGGCGGGCAGUGCGGUGCACAAAGUCCACAUCCAAACGUGUUGAAAGAAGUGACGAGCGAAAUACAAGCGCUCCGUUCACAAUUUCAAGCUCUGCAGAUGCAAAGAGAGUUGUCUGUCCUUCGUUCCGAUAUUCUUCUCGCCCAGUCAGCCAUGUUAGCUGACACCGGAAGUAGGCGAUCCGCCAUGCUGGAAGACGAUGCCAGCAAAUCAGUGUCUGUGGGCAGAACAGCGGAGUCUGAAAAUGGUGUCGCCCAGAACAUUCCGUUCACCCUAAACACAGGUUCCCUGUACGAGCGCUGGGGAAAUGAGAUGUGUCCUAAUGACACAGAGCUGGUGUAUUCAGGUAUUAUCGCUGGCUCUGAGCAUCAACAUCCUGGAGCAGCCGCCAACGCCCUCUGUUUGCCGUUGACCCCUGUUUUAGAAAACAACCCUGGUGUGGGUACUGUAACUGUUAUUUAUGGAGCUGAACUCCAGGUGGCUCCUCUUCCAAAGCAUGACCUUGAUCCUAGAUGCGCCGUGUGCCGAGCUCCACGGGCGACAGUCGCCAUGGUGCCCGCCGCCAACGCUUGUCAUCGCGGGUGGACGCUGGAGUACGCCGGGUACAUUAUGGCAGGACAUCACACUCAUCCUGCUGCAACAGACUUUUCUCUGUGUCGACAAGGAGCGACACGCACGCAUUGGUUCCAACAGUGACGCUAACGGCUUUCUUUUAUAUUACGUCACCACUGUAUGUGGUAGCCUCCCUUGCCCACCUUACGAAAACGGGAAAGUGCUUCCAUGUGUCGUCUGCUCCAAGUGAUAACGAAGGAAUAGUCGAGGAAAGGUAGUUUAUGCUACAGCCGACUUGAUUAUAUUAUUAUUUUUGCUUUACGGCCUUUCUCAACUGUUUCAGUCUUGUAGAAAUCUGUUCUGCAAAGGCGGCAUCUCGCUUGGUGAGCACACACCUGUACCUUGUAUUAAAAAUGUACAAGCAUUGAUGUAUAGUUGAUACGAACUGUUUAAUAGCAAAGUAUAAAGUAUAAUUCAGAAUGAAGCAUUUUGUUUGUCGUUUUCUAUGAGUUGAUGACUAGCUUGGAGAGAAGCAGUCACAGUACCAGUGAACAGUCGUCACACAUGUUGCCUUACAUAGCGGACACACUGUAAACCAAAACAUCAUGGUGGUGGUGGUAGUGGUCUGUUUCUCAUUCAUCUUUCUACCUA